AUGACAGGAAUAAAAUCUGGAUUCCUUGGACUCUUUAAUCAGGCCUAUCCCGGGAAUAACGUUAGUUUUCUACUUUGUGUUAUACACCAAGAUGCUCUGUGUAAAUCUGCAAUGAAUAUGAAACCUGUGCUUGAUGCAGUAGUAAAGCUUAUUAAUACUAUUCGAUUUCGUGGGCUUACUCACCGGCAAUUCCGAGAUUUUCUUCAGUCCGUGCAAUCUGAAUACUCUGAUGUACUGUAUUACACGAAUGUAAGGUGGCUUAGUGCAGGAUGUUUUUUUGAGCGAGUUUGGCAGCCGAAGGUCGACAUAGUGUCGUUCUUCCAUGAGAAACAGUCUUCAACAGAGUGCGAAAUAUUAGAAGAUACAGCAUGGCUUUCAGACUUUGUAUUUUUCCCAGAUCUUCUUUGUCAUAUGAACAACUUGAAUGUUGAAAUGCAAGAGAAAAAUCAAUUCAUCGAUGAUAUCUGGGCCCAUCUCAAGGCUUUUAAACUGAAGCUUAAUCUGUUUGCUGGGCAGCUAGCUAAGAACGACUAG